AUGGCGGCGGCAACAUCUUCUUCAGAUCCAAAUUCAAAGUCAAAUUCAUUACCCCAAGUGGGUUUCAUCGGGCUAGGAGCCAUGGGCUUCGCCAUGUCCACUCACCUGGUAAAGACCGGGUUCCCAGUGCGUGGGUACGAUAUCUACGGACCGACGUUGGACCGAUGGCAGUCGACGUGCAACGACAUCCCCGGUUCCAGGGCGACCAUCGCAAAAUCCCCGGCGGACGCGGUCCAGGAUGUUGCGGUGGUCUGUCUGAUGGUAGCGAACCAUCACCAUGUGCAUUCGGCCCUGUUCGACGAGAAGAAUGGAGCUGUACAUUCCUUGCCCAAGGACUGCACUGUCAUCGUGCACGCCACGAUCCCUCUGACGCAACCGCUGGCAGUGCGUUCCAGGUUGACGGACGAGUUCAAGCGGCCGGACGUCAAGCUGAUCGAUGUCCCGGUUUCCGGAGGAGUGGCUAGGUCGAUCAACGGCACUUUGACAAUCAUGGCCUCGUCCGAUGACCCGAAGAACUUGGAACAACCAGAUGCAAAGGUCGUUCUUGACAACCUCACCACAAAAGGCAAAACCCUGUUCAUCAUCCCCGGCACUCUCGGCGCCGGUCAGUCGGCCAAGGCCUUGAACCAGGUCAUGGCGGGCAUUCACAUCCCGUCCGCGUCGGAGAUCAUGGGUUUGGCGGCCGUCAACGGUUUGGACACCAAGAAAUUCUACGACUUCCUCGUGGCCAAAGAUUCGGCAGGUAAACAGCGUCCAGGCUGGAGUUGGAUGUUCGAAAAUCGCGGGCCCAGGAUCUUAAGCACCAGUCCGCCACUGGCAUCGGCGACUGCCAUCAUCAAUAAGGACGUCGGCAUCAUUCAGGACGAGGAGGCAAGAUUGGGAGUCGAACUGCCGUUGCUCAAUAAAGCGAGCGAUGUUCUGAAGGAGGUCAUGAAGACACACGCCGCUGCAGACGACAGCUGUGUCGUUCAGUGGUACCUGGGAUUCGACUCGGAUCGAUCGAAUCUCGUGGUAGAACGUGGGGGCAAGCCCACAGUCGCCGCCGAGCAGCAAGACGCCUUGAUCAAGAAAGUCGCCACCGCCCAUGCGAUUGUUCACCUCAUUUCAGCCUACGAAACAAUCAAGUUCGCCAAAGCUCUCGACUUGAUGCAUGCGGACCAGAGAAAGCAGUGGUACAAUAUGAUUGCUGGUGCGGCUGGCGGGAGCGCCAUCUUUUCCGCGGUGAUUCCACUGGCAUUUGAGGACGCCGACGGUGUGGAUGCCGCCUUCAAGAAGUUCGCAAGGGAGAGGUUCACAGGCGACCUGGACAAUACGAUCUCUCUCAUCAACCAUGCAAAAGAACAGAAUUACCACCCUAUCCUACUUGAAGCGGCAGUCGAAUAUCUCAAAUCAUUUUUGAGUUAG